UUUUCUAGUCUACCAAACAGGCUGCUCCCUACUGUACAGUUUCUACUGUAAGAGACACGAGCAGAAUAAAAUAAGAAAUAAAAGCUCUUCUGUUCGCACUUUCAGCUGUCUCUCUCUUUUCCUUUCUCUGAUAUUCCCUCAUCACUGGCUACUCAAAUCCAACAUUGAUUUCGAAUCCCCACAGUCCCGUUUCACAUUAUCAGCUGCGUAAUCCGUCUUCCCCUGCUACCCAUCUUUUCUCUCUUCAUUUUGGCUAAAAGGGCACUCUGAAAGUAACUUUUUUGAAAAAAGGUAUCGUGUUCUUGUUUUCUUUUUUCCUUCUGGUUUUUCUGUUUGUUUCCCGGGAAAAUGAAGAAUCAAAUUACCUCAUGGUUAAAUCCGGAGAUUUUCUCUCUCAAAAUGGGAACUUGCUCAGUUCAUAUCUCAGCUGGUCGGUGACUGCAGACGGUUCAUACAGCAUUAUAAGCCGUUAUUCCGAGUCCACUUUUUGAAGCCUGAAAAUGAUAGUAGUGCCCUGAAAUAGAAUGCAUACGCCAUUGGCCUAAUCUUGGGUCCCAUCUGCGACUAAAAGCUUUGAUUUCAAUACCCAUUGUUUUGUAUCCCAUAAAAAAAUUCCCAGCUUCCUUUUUCUUUCUCUUCCUUUACAGAUCAUUCAGCUCGGUAGGUCACUGAAUCUUAAUCUUCAUUUGAUUAAUCCAUUUACUUGCUAUUUUAUUCAUCAAUCACUCCUUAAUCGUUGUGGGAUGGUCAAGUUUUUUAUGCUCAGAGGUUGAAUUUGUUUAUGGGCCCAGAGCUGAGCUACUAAACAUUUUUUUUUCCAGUCAAGGUUGUGUUCUAUGCCGGCUACUGGCAUUCUGGGUUUGACUCUUUUUCUUUUCUCAGGUACCAAAGUCUAAUAAUUUACUCCCUUUUCAAUUUCUACUACCUUGAAACUUGGACAGUUUUGGUCUAUGCUUAUUUUAACUAAUAGAACACUGAAAUGAGGUUUAUUAUCUUUGAUUUCCCUCCCAAAUAUCUCUGGUUUUUAAAGUAAUAAUCUUGAGUAGUUACUGUUCUUUCCUUGGGUGCAUUUUCUUUGGUAAGCUUGAAAAUUGUAUCACACGUCCUGCCUUUUCUCCAUUGUUGGUUGUCUGGUAACUUUCUCAAAUGUGUUCAUUUGAUCUCUUUAGUAGUGCUCAGAUGAUAUAAGAGGUUUUUGGUCUGGUCUACUGUUUUCGUCUUUGUCCCUCUUCAUCUUUAACAAGUUUCAACUAUGCUUCAGGAGGCAAGGUAUUUCCCUAAUUCACCUAUAUUUCUAUGUAGCUUUCUUGGGUUCUUUCUGUUUCAAGCUGUGGUCUCUCAGAUUCCUUUAGGUUCAAAACUUUCUGUAGUUGACAAUAACUUGUGGGUCUCCUCCCAUGGUGAUUUUGCACUAGGGUUCUAUAACCUUUCUGAUUUUCCUAACCGGUUUAGCGUUGGGAUUCGUUUUAAUUCCAAAUCGAUACCUGUUAAUCAACGAACUAUUGUUUGGGUUGCUGGAGCUGAUGUUACUGUCAGCAACAAUUCAUAUUUCAUGCUUAAGGAAAAUGGGGAACUGGUUUUGGUUGAUUCCUCGUUGGGAAUCACUGUAUGGACUAGUAACACAAGCCAAGUAUCUGUAGCUUCUGCUCUUCUUGGUGAUGAUGGUAAUCUUGUUCUGAUAAACGAGAAAAAAGAUGUCGUAUGGCAGAGUUUCAAUACUCCAUCUGAUACUCUUCUUCCUGGCCAGACUUUCUCUGCCUUCAAAACACUUAGACCUCCAAGCAAGAAUUCUGUGUCAAAUUACUAUAGUCUAUACAUGGAUGUGAUGGGUCAGCUGCAGUUAAGAUGGGAAAGUAGUAUAAUUUUCUGGACAAGUCAAAGCCCUGCUGGUUCAAAUCUCAGUGCUGUUCUUGCCUCUGAUGGGAGGUUGCAACUUUUGGAUCAAAGUUCGGAACCUGUUUGGUCUGUGUUUGGGGAAGAUCACAAUGACAUUGUGAAAUUUCGUUUCCUUAGGAUAGAUUUUGAUGGUAAUCUGCGAAUAUACUCAUGGAGAGAAGAUUCACAGUCAUGGAAAUCUGUCUGGCAAGCUGUUGAGAAUCAGUGUGAUGUUUUUGCAACUUGUGAUCAGCGUGGUAUAUGCACAUUCAAUUCAUCUGGGUCACCUGUGUGUCAAUGCCCGUUUAACUCUCAUUUGGAAUCUAAUCCGAAAUGUUUGGCUCCAUAUUAUCAGCAUUGUAGUUCUGGUUCCGCCAUGCUUGAACACAGGCACAUGGUCUUAUAUGGAAUUUACCCAUCAAACGAUUCAAUCUUCCAAACUAGUUUAGAGAAAUGUAAAGAGAUGUGCCGGGAAAACCCAAGUUGCACUGCAGUGACCUUCAUGAAUGAUGGAAGUGCACAAUGUCGAAUGAAGUUAACCCGAUUUAUUAGUGGUUAUUCUUAUCCCCGUAUGAGUUCAAUAUCUUUUGUCAAGACAUGUUUGGACCCAAAAGCUGUUGAUCCCAUUGUUCCGAAAAACUCCUCUUUGAGCAGCCGGUCUUAUGAGCUCUGUGUUUCUUGCACUCUUGGAGCAGUGUUAGGAACAUUUGUCAUAUUUGGAGCACUUCAGUUUGUCAUUGGUUUUCGGAUAUUCAAAAGAAGAGAAUGGGAAAUUAACGGCAAUGAUGACAAUCUGCCUCUGCCAUUGUUUAAUCUUUUGCUUUGA